UCACACUCUAUGCGUAGUCCAACAAUAUGUGGCCCGCAGCCGGCGUAGGAAAUUUAGGUUCCGUAUAGCGUGGUUACUUAUAACCUGUUAGGCUAUAGUUUUAAUUGCUAUGGUUCUGAAGCAACAACACGGAAGCAAACAACAACAAUGACAGAUAAUGUUAGAAGGGAAACAGACUCCAUCAGAGAAGAAGAAGAAGAAGAAGAGGAAAUGUGGAUGGAACGAUUGCUAAAGCUUAAAAGAAACGGCAGUCUUGACAACAUUUUCUUUGACGCAAUCAAUCCGGAAAAAAAUAUUCUUCUGACACUGAAGUCUGGCGGUGCAGGUAGAGUUGCAGCCAGAGUUGCAGCCAACAUAGAAUACCAUUUAAAAAGGGAUUCAAAGUUAGGCAAAGAACUUGAUGAAUUCCCCUCAAGUUCUCAACCAAAUGCAAUAAUGCGUAGUUUAAAUAAACUAUUUUGUCACCAGCUGACAUUUUCACUGAGAAAUGCAGAUAUACUGCAGUUAUAUAGCAGCCAAAAUUAGCACAAUUAUAGAUAAUUGCCUUGGAUAUUUUAUUAUAUGUGACGCAAUAAAAGUUAGGAACGAAAA